ACAAAGUUCAUAUUUCUUCUCUCUAUAAAACAACGUGUUAAAAGUGACAAAGUUCCCUACCAAAUCCAAGUCAAGUUCCACUACCUCUCACCUCACCACUGCAACACCCUUGUAGCAGAAACAAUGGAUUACACUCAUCCUGCUUCAUCUGAUGCAGCAUCCUCUUCAAAGACAAAAAGAAGCAAGGAGAAAAAGGGUGCUAAGAAAUGCAAAGGAGUGAGGCUCUCCACCGAUCCUCAGAGCGUGGCAGCAAGAGAACGAAGGCACAGAAUCAGUGACAGAUUCAAGAUAUUGCAGAGCAUGGUCCCUGGUGGAAGCAAGAUGGACACAGUGUCCAUGUUGGAGGAAGCCAUUCAGUAUGUGAAGUACCUCAAAACUCAGAUUUGGCUCCACCAAACCAUGAUCAAUUUCUUAGAUGAUAACGACUCAAUCUCCCCUAUGUACCUUACUGAUUUCUACUUCCCUUCUGACCCUUCUGAACAGUUCAUUUUCCCUCAGCAAAAUCCACCACUUGAUCAUAACAUGCACAACUUUCCUCAUCUUCCACCACCACAAUGCAGCUUCCAUGGUGAAGACACCACCUACUUCGAUUCCUCUUUCAAAUAUUGGCCAGCUUAAUUACUCUUUUACUUUUUCAACCCUUUGCUUCUGUGUUCUACUUUUAUAUGGGCUAUGCCCAAAUCGAUAGUAUGAAAUUAUCAAGUUCUUAUAAUUUUUAAUACGUUU